GUGUGUACAUGUGUGUUGUGUGUGUGUGUUUCCUUUUUUCUCCCCAAACCGAACAUGAAAUAGUUUGUUGGGCUAUACUUUCUUUCUUCCUAUCUAUCCCCCCUUCCUUCCUUCCCGUCCUGGUUCGCGGGCAGAGACAGGACAGAUUGAAACCCAGCUGUGUUCGUCGCUUUUGGUCGUUGCCAUUUUCCCCCCUCAUUGCCCGGUGAUGUUGGAUAUGGGAGAGCGCAAAGAGGUGAAAAUGAUUCCUAAAUCGUCGUUCAGUAUAAACAGUUUGGUGCCCGAGGCCGUGCAAAGCGACCACCAGAACCAGCAUCACCACCAGAACCACCACCGGCCCGGCGGCGCGGACGAAGCCGAGCAGAAAGCUCCUCUCCCGGCGGUGCAGCAGGACGGAAAAGCGGAUCCUAAAAGUGACUCCUCGAGCCAGGAGAGCUGCCCGGACGAGAAGGAGAAACAGGAGGAGAAGAAGGACGGGAAAGACGGGGACGGCGGCGCCGGAGGGAAGGACGGAGAGAAGAAAAGCGGCAAGUACGAAAAACCUCCUUUUAGUUACAACGCGCUGAUCAUGAUGGCCAUCCGGCAGAGCCCGGAGAAGCGGCUCACGCUGAACGGCAUUUAUGAGUUCAUCAUGAAAAACUUCCCGUACUACCGGGAGAACAAGCAGGGCUGGCAGAACUCCAUCCGGCACAACCUCAGCUUGAAUAAAUGCUUCGUCAAGGUGCCGCGGCACUACGACGACCCGGGUAAGGGGAACUACUGGAUGCUGGACCCCAGCAGCGAUGACGUCUUCAUCGGCGGCACCACCGGGAAGCUCCGGCGGCGGUCCACCACGUCUCGGGCCAAGCUGGCCUUCAAACGAGGGGCCCGGCUGACCUCCGGGCUGACCUUCAUGGACCGAGCCGGCUCCCUGUACUGGCCCAUGUCCCCCUUCCUCUCCCUGCACCACCCGCGGGCCAGCAGCGCCCUGGGUUACAACGGGACCUCCUCGGGCUACCCGGGUCACCCCAUGUCCUACAGCACCAUGCUCACCCAGAACAUGGGCAACAACCACUCGUCGUUCCCGUCCUCCAACGGGCUCAGCAUGGACCGGCUGGUCGGCGGGGAUCUCCCCUACGCGACGCACCACCUGACGGCGGCGGCCCUGGCGGCCUCGGCGGUGCCCUGCGGCCUCUCCGUGCCUUGUUCCGGGGCCACUUACUCCCUGAACCCGUGCUCGGUCAACCUGCUGGCCGGGCAGACGAGUUACUUUUUCCCCCACGUCCCGCACCCGUCCAUGACCACGCAGAGCGGCGGCGGUGGCGGCGGCGGCUCCUUGCAGGCCGCCCGGGCUUCGGCCUCUAAUUCCCCGCAGGCUCCGUCCUCCUCCUCGCUGCCCUGUGACUCUCUGAGGCCGGCGCUGUCCGGCUCUCUGCCGGCAUUCUCCUCGGGACUUUCCGGGGGUUUGUCUGACUAUUUUACGCAUCAGAACCAGGGUUCGACCUCCAACCCGCUUAUACACUAACACCCCCCAAAAACCCCCUCACCCCUCCACCUUACCUUACCUCACCUCUCCACCCAUCCACCCUCUCCAUCCCACCCCUCAAGGAGUGAAAAAUCUUAAAAUGACUGGAACUGUAAGUUGAACAUUUUACACUGAACAUUUACAUUGUAAAAAAAUGACAAAAAUUAUUAUAAACUAUAGAAAAAAAGAGGAGAGACUUAAACUGCAAAACAAAAAAAGCAGCACAGAGAAAGCAGCCCUGAAGU